AUCAUGCCUACGGACCCUCUUCUGGUUGGCAGAGUAAUACCAGAUGUUCUUGACCCCUUUACAAAGUCCAUCUCUCUUAGGGUGACUUAUGGUAAUAAGGUGGUUAACAAUGGUUGUGAACUCAAGCCUUCUCAAAUUCUCAAUCAACCUAGAGCUGAUAUUGGCGGGGAUGAUCUCCGAAAUUUGUACACUUUGGUUAUGGUUGAUCCUGAUGCUCCUAGUCCAAGUGACCCAAAUCUGAGGGAAUACUUGCAUUGGUUGGUGACUAAUAUUCCAGCAACCACCGGGGCCAGCUUUGGGCAAGAGAUAGUGUGCUACGAGAGUCCGCGGCCGACGGUGGGGAUACAUCGUUUCGUGUGCGUGUUGUUCCGACAACGCGGAAGGCAAACAGUGUACGCGCCGGGAUGGCGCCAGAACUUCAGCACAAGAGACUUUGCCGAGAUUUACAAUCUGGAGUCGCCUGUUGCUGCUGUUUAUUUCAAUGCUCAGAGGGAAAGUGGUUCUCGUGGAAGGACUAUGCCAAAUCAAAAUAUCUAA